AUGUGGCCCUUCUCCCGCAGGGCGGCACCCCCUCAGCACGCCUCUGAGGUCCUCCAGGAUCCCAUUGCCGACCUUCCAUCACUUUCCGAGCAGCAGCAGCAGCAGCAGCAGCAGCAGCAGCAGCAGCAGCAGCAGCAGCAGCAGCAGCAGCAGCAGCAGCAGCAGCAGCAGCAGCAGCAGCAGCAGCAGCAGCAGCAGCAGCAGCAGCACCCAGGCAGCACUGGGGAAGCAAGCAGCCAAGUUGAGCUGUCAGACCCAGCCAAAAUGCCGCGGCCCCAUCGCUGCAACGCACGGGUGGAGGAUUUCGUGCAGGCCGUCGUCACCUGGGACUACACUGGAAAGAUCCAGCCUAGCCUGGCGCCUCAGGCGGCAGUGUUUCAAGUCGGAGCCAGGGCAGGAGCCCGUAGAGGCAUACCUAGUCAUCAAGGACCCGGAAGCCUACCUGGAUCCACGCCGCAUGUAUGCGCCACGGCCGGGUAUGAGCCGCUGACGGCAGGCGCCGCGGAGGCCUCGCUUGCCGCCUCGAUUAAAGCGAGAGAGCGUGUGUCAGGCUGUGGCUCUGGCACAAGUCAAUGCUUAGCGUGGCCCAGGCUGACGCCAUCCGAGCGGCUUGGGAAGGCAGACGGGCACCUGCAACUGUCAGUCUCCGGCACCCGCUUGCCAAGCGGAGGCGCCAGGAGGCGCUGGCGCCAGGAGGCGCUGGCGAAGGGCGGCGCCAGCCGGCUGGAGCACUAUGUGCACAACGUGGUGGGCGCCCUCAACCUGGCGCCCGCCAUGUUUGGGCAGCGCGAGACCUACCUGGAUGCAGUACGGCGUCGGCAGGACCGCGAGGCGCUGGCGCAGCUGCGCACCGGGUCGCAUUGGGGCGCGGAAGAGACCGGCCGCUGGACGCGGCGCCCCCGAGAGCAGCGAGUCUGCCCCCACUGCCACGACGGCAUUGAAGAUGCCCCCCACAUGCUGCUCACCUGCCCCCUUUACGCCCCGCUGCGCCUCAACUUUCCUGACCUGUUUGCUGAGCCCCAUCCUCCCCACCGCUUCCUCCGCCAGAAACCGUGCCGCCUCGCCGCCUUUGCUGCCGCCUGUCACCAGCGCUGGCUGACCGCCACCGAUAGAAUAGUUAGAACGCUGUCGGAGCACCUGCAGGAAGCCAGAGCAAGAGGUCAUGGCCAAGGUCCGCGCAGACCAGCCCAAGCUGCAAGCGCAAGGAACAGCAGGCUGAGCGCCCCAACUGCGCAUGGUCGCGCUGUGAACAAGGUGAAGCACCAUUUCUGGGCCGACAUCAAGCACUCGAGGCUGUCGCCGCCCAAUGCUGCCUUUGCGCAGCUGGCUCUGGAGCACGGCCAGCAGCAUGGCCUGAAGAAGGCACUACCGCAUGAUGAUCAGUUCUUCCGUCCCUUAUACCAAGCGUGUGAAGAAACUGUGGGCCACUACAGCAAUCUCCCCUGCGGGUACGCAGGGGUACUGCUGGUACCAUGUAAUGCAACACACGUGCGCAGCGAGCGCCGCACUGCGGCGGCGCUGGCCAGCGCCCAGCAGCACCAGCGCCGGGCAGCGUUCUGCCAGCGCUAG